AACGGGACAUUCAUCAUCCGAUCUUCACUCUUUCAGCGUCGAUAUUGCCCAAGUAAGACAAAUUGAGAGUAAGAUGGACAAGACAUUAUCGACACCCUUGCGCCACGAUCUCUCGCAAUGACCGAUCCGCUGUCGAUUACGACCGGCGUUGCAGGCCUCCUUUCGCUUGCUGGUAGCGUUAUAAGUCAAUGCUAUCAAUAUGGCUGUGGUGUUGCCGACGCUCCGGAAGAAGCAAAGAGGCUCGCUUUCGAGGUUACAAAUUUGAGUGGACUGUUGGUAGGUGUUCAGAACCUGGCCAAACACCACCAAUUCCCAACGCAAGACAUUCAACCUAUCUUGAAAGAAUGCGAUACUUCGCUACAAACUCUCUCGUCAAGACUUCGAGAUCACGGUCCACAUCCGAACAACAAGGCUUCUACCACCAGACGAACGAUCAAGAGGUUACUAUGGCCUUUGAGGAAAACUGACACCGAGAAUCUGAUAGCCUUGUUGGAAAGGCACAAGAGAUCAUUGUCGUUGGCCCUAGACACUUUUUCUGCAGACACCAUCCUACAUCAAAGGGCAACAUUGGACCAUGUCUCGGACACUCUAUCAGAUUUGUCUCUCGAAUAUAGAUCUAAUCAUACCAAUCACCAGCGCCAGCAGAUCCUAGACUGGCUUUCUGACUAUCAACAUGAGGCACAGUACCGUCAGGGGUUUCAACUCCACUGCUCGAAAACUUGUUUGUGGCUUCUGGAGGAUCCAGAAUUCAUCAAGUGGUCUCAACGUAGGUCGUCUCUGUUAUGGAUGCAUGGCCCGGCGGGAUCUGGCAAGACCGUGGCGACCAGCUAUCUGAUCCAUCACCUCACCCACCAUCUCUCGGCGGAGGGUCAUUUACUAGCCUAUUUCUACUACGACGCCAGCACGAUAGAAAGCCUCACGCCAGAGACGUUCUUUGGGGCAUGCAUCAAACAAUUCUGUUCUCAACUCCCCGAGAUCCCUGACAACAUACGGGAUGCAUAUAAAAGGGCCGCCGAUAGGUUAGGGACACCCAGGCAAGCCAGUCUCAACGAACUCCAAAACUUCCUCACCCGACUUCUGGACAAGGCCAGGUCAUGUAUCAUCCUCGUUGACGGUCUCGACGAGACCCCAGAUUACGGGGUUGUGUGUGACUUCCUCACCUCAACAAUCACAUCGGGACACCACCCACUGCGCGUCUUCAUCAGCAGUCGUCCUGAUGUCGACCUCCGGCGCCGCCUGGGCGGGUUUCAAGAGAUUCUCGUCCCCGAGACCGCCGUGGAAGAUGACAUUGGUCUUUAUAUUCGGUCACGGAUCGGUCACGACACCAGACUUCGACACAUGAGUGACAAGAUGAAGCAAAAGGUCGAAUUGAGUCUCCGUGUUGAUUCACACGGGAUGUUCCGAUGGGUUCAAUGUCAACUCGACGCGAUAUCACGUCUUCGAACCGACGCGGCGAUAAAGCAGGCCCUGACCUCACUUCCAUCCAGUCUCGAAGGCGCAUACACUCGCAUCUUGCGAUCCAUUCCGAACGAGGAUAUCAUGUACGCACGCCGAGCUCUUUUGUGGCUCGCUCACGCUUCCUCUCCGCUCACUUUGCCCGAACUUGCCACCGUGGUCGCCCUUGAACCACCCAGUAUUGUCCUCGAAACCGGUCAUCUCGAUCCCGACCUCGCCCUCAACGACCCUUCGGACGUCCUCGAGAUCUGCGGCAGUCUCGUGUCUUACAACCCCAUUUCUGGCACGACGAGGCUGGCGCAUCAUUCGGUCCGCGAGUUUCUGACUCAGAGACUCGAUCGGACCAGUGAAUUCCACAUUCCACCCAAAGAGUCCCACCGUACGAUGGCCGAGAUUUGUUUGAUGUACCUCCUACUCGACGAUUUUGCGAAAGGUCCUCUAUUCCCUCGAGAGUUUCAGGAAACCUGUGUCAAGUAUCCUCUGUUGAGAUACGCGGCUACGAAUUGGACAUUUCAUCUCUCCAUGGCAGAUGAAUCAUCAUCGUCAAGAAAUUCUUCUCGUCCGAAGUGUGGUUCUAAUACUACAAAGUCGUGGAUUUCUGAGAAAGUGACUACCAGCAGUAGUACAUAUUACAGUAACGACGAAAAAGGGGCGAGUGACCUUGAAAAGAAUAAUGAUACCGAACAAGUUCUCCUUCCAUUGAUAUUACGACUCUUCACACCAUCCUCCAACCCUCGGUUUUACUUCUGGCUCCAGACCAUCCUCUCGGAUAGUAGGCAUGGGUACUUGCCUCCCAACUCUGACCUGGUCCGAGCGACGCCGUUGUACUACGCCGCGAGUUACGGACUCACCGAGACAGUACGUGCCUUGAUUUCCGGUCUUGAGGACAACGACGACGACGACAACGGUGGUCGUCCCGACUUUUUGAAUACUCGCGCAGGUCGAUAUGGCGGUACGGCGUUGCACGCCGCGGUAUGGCGCAACAGGCCCGACAUUUUGAAACUCUUACUCGACGCCGGUGCUGACCCUACCGUCGAGGACGACAAUGGCAUGACCCCUGUUCAACUGGCGUAUUGGAGUAAAAAGGGAAAUACCUUGAUGGACUUGUUCCCCGAAAGUCUCAGACUAGGAGACAAGUUGGGCAUGUAGUGAGCCGUCUCGACGUUAUGGCACCAUAUGUAUUGGUAUUGGC